CGUGACCGUGUGAUUCCUGGGCGCUUGGGGCAGCGUGCCUCAUGGCACAUUAACCCAGGGCCAUGGUAUUCCAGUUGCUGGAGAAGCAAGCAGAGGCCCAGACUCGGGACCAAUUCCAGCUAGAAAAACUCAAGUUCCUGCAGAACUACACUUGCUUGGAUAAGCAAGCCCUGGAGCAGUUUGUGCAGGUCAUACUGGAAGCAUGGGAGAAAGGGGUCCACCCAGAAGGAAACUCUACCAACCCCAGCAACUGGGACUUCAGCAACUCUUUCUUCUUUGCGGGAACUGUUGUCACAACUAUAGGUUAUGGUAACUUGGCCCCCAGUACGGUGGCUGGGCAGGUGUUCUGUGUGUUUUAUGCCUUGUUUGGGGUGCCGCUUAACCUGACCUUUCUCAAUCAGCUGGGAAAAGCACUCAACGCACACCUGAUCACUCUUGAGAGAUGGGUGCAUAAGCCAGGCCGGGCACAGGUGGUGCAGACACUGGCAUUGGCCCUCUUUCUGACUGCUGGGACCUUGCUUUUUCUAGUAUUCCCACCUAUGAUCUUCAGUUACGUAGAAGGGUGGAGCUAUGGAGAAGGCUUCUACUUCACAUUCAUCACCCUCAGCACCAUUGGAUUUGGGGAUUAUGUAGUAGGCACAGAUCCUAACAAGCACUACAUUUCAAUGUACAGGAGCCUAGCAGCGAUUUGGAUUGUUUUUGGCUUGGCCUGGCUUGCUCUGGUCUUUAACCUGGGAGCUGACCUGAUGGAAAAAUUCCUUCAGCUAAAGUGGCAUAAGCCUGAGGUGCCUACUUUCCUCAGCACCUUGGAUCCUCAUGAGUGCCUGGUUCUGGGCAGCUCAGGGAUCGCUGAGGACUGGGAUCACUCAGGACUCAAGAACUGCCAGGCUGUGGCAGGCAUCCUGGGGGAGAUUGUAGACCACCACUCCUUGGUGGAUGACUGGCGCAACCUCCACCUGGAUGAUACCACCACCUUCACCUAUGUCGGGGUGAGAGAUGAUGGGUCGCACCACUCCUGA